UCAAAAGAGCAGCGAUGAGGACAACAUCUCUCUUUGGAUUAUAAACUGUUUCAAACUCUGAGAAAGAACAUUACAGGUAAGAACUUUAUUAUUGUUUAUAUUUAAAAGUUAUGUAAUUAUAUUGGCAUGCACACACAUACUAAUGCAAUCAUUUUAAAUAUAUACGAUUUUACAUGAAAAUAUCAGCGCACAGUUAACUUUUGAUGCACAGGUGUACACAAUAUCCUGUACCAGAUAUUGUCUAUGUUGUUAAUGACAUUCACACCUGCUCAAUACAGAGCAAUCCAUCCAAUCAAAACACCUGCCUGCAAAAUGCAUUAAAAAACAAGUAUAAUUUUGAAUAUUUUAACUAGUCAGUGUUAUAUUUCUAUCUCUAACCUGCACACCUUUGAAUGACAGGAAGUACUCCAAGACGAGCAAAGAGAGUCAACUGAGUUCCCCCCCGGAGACACUUCAGGCUAUCUCUCUGACCCAGCCAUGACCUGCGUCCACCCCCAGCACGCCACCCUGCCUUACCCAGACAACUCCCUCUGCAUCCCAGAGUUUGAGAGUUUGGACUUCAGCUCCCGACUGUCCAUGGACAUGAGGUGCCAUCCCUCCCCACCACCCCAACCGGGACUGGGCUUCCUGGCAGGGCCCUUCUCGGGUGACCUCGAUGCCUACUCAUGCCAGAUCACCACCGCCGCCCCCGCAGCGGCCCCCGCCGACCAGGAGCCCCCUUUCCGACUGGACGACCUGCAGGUGUACGGCUGCUACCCCGGCUCCUUCGAGGUGAGCUACCUGGACGAGGCCCCCUCCCCCGGGGGCUCAGAGUACUUCGGGAGCCCGGCCUCCGUCCCGUCGCCUUCCACCCCGGGGCUGUAUGCACAGCCCCCCUCAGCUUGGGAUUCCUCGGCCUUCGGUCCUUACACCCCCUCCCCUGGAUACUGGGCUGCCGAGGAACCACAAGCGCCCCACUGUGCCCCGUUGUACUUCACUUUCGGCCCGGAGGCAACGGAGGACCUGUCGCGCUUUGCUGCCUUGCAGCCCCGGUUAGGGGAGCAGGAGUCCUUCACCCAGCAGCAGCAGCAGCAGCAGCAGCAGCAGCAGCAGCAGCAGCAGCAGCAGCAGCAGCAGCAGCAGCAGCACCCUUCUGCCUUGCCCUACCCGCCCAUGGCCUACCAGCAGCCCAGGCCCCUAGGAGUGAGCAGUGACCCGCUGGAAGACAACCUGUCGCACAAGGCUGGAAGCAACAGCGGGAAUGAGGGGCAGUGCGCCGUGUGCGGCGACCACGCCUCCUGCCAGCAUUACGGCGUCCGCACCUGUGAGGGAUGCAAGGGCUUCUUCAAGCGCACUGUACAAAAGAACUCCAAGUACGUCUGUCUGGCGAACAAGGACUGUCCAGUGGAUAAGAGGCGGAGAAAUCGUUGCCAAUUCUGUCGUUUCCAAAAAUGCUUGGCGGUUGGCAUGGUGAAAGAAGUGGUGAGAACAGACAGCCUUAAAGGACGAAGAGGCAGACUGCCUUCGAAGCCUAAAGCCACAUUGGACGUCUCAAACACUGAAGCUCCGGUUAAAAUGAUUGCUUCUCUUGUCAAAGCACACGUAGACUCAAACCCAGGCAUCGGAAACCUGGAUUACUCCAAGUACCAGGACGAGGUAUUCACUCAAUCCCAGAAGGAGGAUGCUAGUGACAUCCGACAGUUCUAUGAGCUGCUGACGGCAUCCAUGGAGGUCAUCAGGAGGUGGGCGGAGACCAUCCCGGGCUUCUCUGCCUUCUGCCCCGAGGACCGGGAGCUGCUGCUGGAGUCGGCCUUCGUCGAGCUCUUCAUCCUACGGCUGGCCUACCGAUCUAACCCAGACACCGAAGAACUUGUCUUCUGCAAUGGCCGUGUGCUGCACAAGAAACAGUGUGUAGCAGGAUUUGGGGAUUGGAUUGACUCCAUCUUGGGGUUUUCUCAAAGCCUCCAUCGCAUGAAUCUGGACGUUUCCUCCUUCUCCUGCCUUACGACGUUGGUUAUAAUAAGUGACCGGCACGGCCUGAAGGAGCCGUCGCGCGUGGAGGGCUUGCAGAAUCAGCUGAUCGCCUGCCUGAGGGAUCACGUCUCUGCCUGCACCUCUGAUUCAUUCCCGCCCAACUUCUUGUCGAGGCUCCUUGGCAAGCUUCCAGAGCUUCGGACUCUGUGCACGCAGGGCCUCCAGCGCAUUUUCUACCUCAAGCUAGAAAAUCUCGUGGCACCACCGCCUCUAGUGGAAAAGAUCUUCAUGGAAACCUUUCCGUUUUGAAAAAUUGUUCUGUGCCGAAAAACCUUACCGUCUGCUAGGCUGUGAUUUCCUUCCAAAUUUGACAAUCGAGAGGAAGAAAAAGAAACUGGACCUAUUUGGCACACAUGGAGAAGGUCUAUUUGGGUCAUAAAUAUCUGAGUGUUAAACAUUUUUGUUCUUUUCAAUCCCAUGAACACGUGUGCAACAUACAAUUGGUGUAUGCACAUUUAAAAAAUGCUGUCUCAUGGGUAAAAUUGUCAAAGACACAAAAUGAUAUGUUUUCAGAUAUAAUUAUUACUGAUAAAUGCUGCAGUUGUCAAGUUGUAGCGGCAGACUGACCCCCAUGUGGACCAAAGGGAGAGCAUUUACGUUUGCAGCACAAAGUGAUAGGAGUGGAAGCUGGAAAGGGAGAAAAAAGCUUAACUGUUGUGAGUUUACAGUACAACAGAUAGAAAUACAUAUGUACUGCUCCAUUCUCUCUAAGGUGUCUGAACACAAGGUUCUCCCAGCUUUACUGGGACUCUGGGUACGGACAUUAUGAGGAGCACAUGACUCAGCUGUUUUCUAUUUGGGAAAGGUGGUUUAGAUUCUCUUGUAAACACCCUGGCAAAGCGUCCCUUGCCGACAAGGGCUCUUUUUGUGAGCCAAGUUUAUGACGAGAAAUGUUUGUUGAGUGGUGAUUAAGAAAUCAGGAUGGUACUCUAUUGGCAGUCAUCAGUAGUACAUGAUGCAAACGUUUGACAGGUUUUCAAGAAGCAGCUAUGCAUACAGUUUUGAAUAUAAAGUCUUACGCACAGUCCUCCAUUUAAAAUUGGAAGGCUAUAUCUGUUAGCAGUGCACAUUGCUGUUAUGUUUUGAUUCAACUUUGUCUUGGGCAUUUUAUUUGUACAUUCUAGAGACAUGUUAUGUUACAUUUGUAUUUUAGAAUAAAUAAAUAAUUUUACUUAACUUGGUACUGUUAGUAUAUUUUAUUUAUGAACACGUGACAUGCGCAAGCGCAUACAAUAUGGCCGGAUUGAAACAGUUUGAAAUAAUACACUUUUAUUGCUUUAUUUAUUUCGGCACUAGUUCAUUAAGUAGUGUUCAUCAUCUUUGUGGUGUUUCCAGACCAAAAGUAUACCAAAUAAUCCUGAUCCAUGGACCGUUGAGUUGUUGGACGUAAUACCCAACAUAGAUGGCCUCAUGUGAGACCACACUAUUCACUCCUCCAGCCCGCCCUGCCUCUACCAUCCAGCUAUGCACUGCACUCUUUUUAGACGCCUAUGGAAUUCCCUUUGCAGUCUCAUGUAACACAGACUACUUCGACAUUGUAUUGUAUUCCCCCAUCACGCGCUGGUGUACGACAAAAUGCAAGCAGCAAAUCUCACACUGCGUGAACAUUAUAAGGAGGGCUCUAUAAGGCUGUAAAAGAGUAUUUAUAGAUUGUACAAACAGGUGCACAUGCUGACAUGGAGACUGGUUAUUUCUAUGGGAGCCAUUUUUUUUCUGAAACUGAUCAUCUAUCCCCCAAUUCAGUAUUUGUUUAUGAUUAUAAAGCAGGUGUGUUUAUGAUUAUAAAGCAGGUGUGUUUAUGAUGUAGGCCUACAUGGACUUUGAGGAUAAAAAAUAUUGUAUUCAUGCUACAAAUAGAGAUAUGCGUUAACUAAUUACUAACUACAUUUAAAAGCAAUAUUUUGUCUGCACAGGUAAACCUUUAUUAUGGAUAUAAUACAACAA